AUGCGCCAGCCAGGCAGUCUCCAUGUUGACAGUGCUGUGGGAUCUCUGGGCAGAUCUCCCCAGGUGGAUUUGCAGGAGUCCAGGGAGAUGAGGCCAAGAUCCAGGAGGCGAAGACAAGAAAAGUCCUCUGAACAUUCAGGCCUGACUGACUCCAGUAUUUGCAAGAGUCAUCCACAGACACGGCCCUCCUCACUACUUCCAUCGAAGCCAUUGCCUCCCAUCCCAGAGAGCUCUUCUCCCAUCAAGCCAAGCAAGGUGCUUGAUGGAAAGAAAGGGAAAAUGAGCACUGGCUACAACAAUAUUGUAAGAAGCAGCCGGGAGCAGAAUUCAGAGACAAAGGGACAUAAGACCUCCUUGCCAAAUUGCAAUGGUGGGGAAAUGAAGAAGGCAUCCUUUGGACUGCCUUUGAUCCCCCCAAUUGGCAAGGCAGGCAGUCUUACUCUUGACAGUUCUGUGGAGUCUCUGCCAAGCUCUCCCCAGUUGGAUUUGCAGGCGUACUGGGAUAUGGGGCCAAGCUCCAGCAGCAGUAGUGAAGAGGAGUUCUUUGAAGAUGCAGGCCUCUCACUGAACCAGACCAGGGAGAUGGAUCAUCUCAGAAGUCCUGGUCUUAAGAGGGACAAAGAGCUGAGGGACAACUCUGGAAAGGUCCGUGAUGCAUUGGGCAAGUUGGCUCAAAAGAACUUAGAGUGGAAGAAAAUGGAGCUUUUGGAAAAAGUGACAAAGAGGAGACAAAGGCAGCUUACUCCUAAGCCAGUUGAGCCUGCGGAUGCAGCUGAAGCAAGCUUUAGCCUAUCGCCUGUCCAUGGCACAGCUCCUGGUGUGCAGAGGAAACAUCCUGGAAGUGCCAUGAAGAAGAAGGUUGUGAAAAAGCAGGACAAUGUUCCUUCACUGCCCAGUACACCCACCCUCCAUGGGGAGGGCAGCUUCCCACGCAGCUCCUCAGCGCCCAUGGCCGACCCUCUCCUUACAGUGACCCCGCAGACGGCCACUGGUGCCAAGCGCCGAGAGGAGCCGCUCCGUGGGCGUGGGCAGAAGGAGGGAGCAUUUUCAGACCCACAGCAGUCCUUGCAGGAGGCACUCUCCAUGCUGGACAGCGAUGACUGGGAACUGAAGAAGAAGGGACUCUUCAACAUCCCACGACUGGCUGAGUCCCAUCCAGAAGUCCUGCUGUGUCGACUUCGUGAGAUUUGCUUGGCAGCUACCAGCGAGGUGACCAACCUCCGGUCCAAGGUGUCCUGCUCUGCAAUCAUCACUCUGGGAGAGCUCUUUGCCAUCUUGAAGAAGGACAUGGACUCCGAGGCGGAUGAGGUUGCUGCGGUCCUUCUCCCCAUGGUGUGGAACUCCCCAGAGUUUAUUCAGAAGGCAGCCUGUCAGAGCCUGGGGAUGAUGGUAGAGAACGUGACUCCUGCCCGAGCAAUGACUGUUCUCCUGGACAGGGGAGUCAAGAGCCGCUACGUCCAGGUGCGCAAGUGCGCGGCCCAACUCCUCCUGUCCUUGAUGGAGAAAAUGGGAGUCACCAAGCUCGCAGGCACCCCCAGGGCUGAGAGGCUCCCACAGGUGGCAGGGAGACUGGCUCAGGACUGUCACAAGGACACAAGGCAUUGUGGACAGGAGAUGGUGAAGAUGUUGCUAAAUAACCAAAAAUUUAAAAAGCUUUUGGAGCAAUCUCUUUCCCCGCAUGACUUGGAAGAUAUCCUGACAAGAAUUAAGAAGAAGGAGAUGGAAAACCAGAAGGGUGAAUGCCCAUCUGUCGAGGAGCCAGUGAAGAAGAGGAAUGACAGCCCCAAGAAGCCCCAGACCCCAUUGCCGUCUAUCAAACGGGUGAAGUCUGCCCCUGGUGGACGCCUCCUCCACCGUCCAAAAGCCCAGGUCACGUUACCUGCAAGUGUGGAAGGAAGGGAGUCACUGCAGAAGCUUUACCAUCUCCUGGAAGCCAAGGGGUUUCAGACACGGAUGGAAGGAGUGGCACUCCUCCUAGACCUGUGCAAAUCCAGCCCCCAGCUGAUCUCCACUAAUGUUGUCCAAAUUUUUGAUUAUUUUGUCCUGAGAAUAAACGACACCCAUAAAAAAGUGAAGCAGCAGGCGCUGGAGGUGCUGGCAGAAAUGAUUGGACUCCUGGAAGAUGCCCUGAUGCCGGUGAUGACCCGUUUGAUGGAGGGAAUAACAAAGAACCUGAACUCAAAGGAUCCCGGGGUUCAUGCCGCAGCUGUGAGGGCACUGGACAAAUCCAUUGCUUAUUUAGAUGAAGUGUCACUGAUGAAAGAGCUCAGCCACCAAUGGAGCCAACUGAGUGGUGAAGCUCUGCUGGAUGUCACGGAGCGUAUCACAGUGCUUGUGGAAUGGGUUCAUGCCAGGAGCCCUGAAGUGGUGCAGCGCUACGCCCUGCCCGUGCUCUGGUCCUGCCUGGAGAACAAGGCGCUGCCGGUGCGAAGCGCCAACGUCUGCGCUGUGGUCACCAAGCUGGCCUGUGCCCUCUGCGAGGUGAUGGGCACCCAGCUGAUCAAGUGUGCUGAGAGCAAGCCUCCACACGUGCAGGAAAACCUCUCCAGCCUUUUGGGCUGGUGA